AUGGGUUCUACAUCGAACAACUAUGUCGAAAAAAGCCACUCGGAGCCACGGCGGCUCAAAGUGGUCCACGUUGGCGCUGGUGCAGCUGGUUUGAUGAUGGCUUACAAGGCAAAGAAUAUGCUAUCCAACUAUGAACUGACUGUCUACGAAAAAAACACCGAAGUAGGAGGAACCUGGUUUGAAAACAAAUAUCCAGGAGUGGGUUGUGAUGUUCCGGCUCAUUCAUAUGCCUUCACCUUCGAACCCAAUCCGGAGUGGAGUGGAUAUUAUGCCAGAGGACCGGAAAUCCAGCAAUAUUUUGUCAACUUUGCCAAGAAGUAUAGUCUAUACAAUUUUAUUCGAUUUGAAACGGAGGUAGUCGAGGCUACUUGGUGCGAAGAUGAUGGCGAAUGGCAACUAGAGCUGCAGCGCAAAGACGGCUCUCGCUUUACGGAUCGAUGCCAUGUUCUAGUGAAUGGUUCUGGGCCAUUGAAUAAAUGGAAAUGGCCUAAAAUUGACGGCAUCGGCAACUAUCGUGGCAUCCUUACGCACACAGCCAACUGGAACUCCUCUAUUGACUGGAAGGAUAAACGAGUAGCAGUCAUUGGAACUGGUUCAUCUGGGAUUCAAAUCAUUCCUCAAAUUGUCAAGGACGUCAAAUCACUCUCAGUGUUUGUACGUUCUACGCAAUGGAUUGUUCCCCCAGCGGCAUUCCAAGAUCUGCGCUUGUUUCCCGAUGAACCUGAGAAGUCAGCUCCGCCCGCACCGGCUGGAAGCCAUUUCUAUACCGAGGCUGAGAAAGAAGUAUUCCGUAACGAUCCUGCUCGCUUUUUGCAAUAUCGCAAAUCUGUCGAUGGAGUCAUGCAAGAGCGAUUCCCAAUCUUCCUGCGUGAUCAUCCCAUGCAUGAUAUGACGACCGAGAUGAUUUCCCAGAUGAUUAAGGCACGUGUUGGACCAGACCGGCAGGACCUGGCCAAGCUAUUCACGCCUGACUUUUCGCCUGGAUGUCGUAGGCCUACUCCCGGCGAUGGCUUCUUGGAAGCAUUGACAGAAGACAACGUCCGAGUCAUCAAGAGUGGAAUCACGCGGUUUACUGAAAAGGGAAUCGAAACAAAAGAAGGAGUUGAGCACGAAUUCGACUUGAUCAUCUGUGCCACUGGUUUUGAUGUUGCUUUCGCACCUCACUUUACCGUGACCGGCAAGAAUGGACAAACUAUGCGCGAAGAAUGGGCAAAAUCCCCCAACAUCUAUCUCAGCAUGAGCACACCAAACUUCCCCAACUUUUUCUUCAUUGGUGGACCAACGGGAAACUGGGCCCAGGGUUCCGUUUUGAUUACUCACGAAGCCCAAGUCGAAUAUGCGCUUCAGUGCGCUGCCAAGAUCAGCAACGAGAAUUUGCACUCUUUGACUCCCAAGCAAAGCGUAACGACACAAUGGCGGCGCCAUGUAGACACUUGGCACGAUGGGCAUUCAGUAUGGGCUGAAUCAUGUGAAUCAUGGAUGAAGUAUAACAACCGAAUUCAGCUGUGGUCUGGAAGUAUGCUUCAUAUGCUCAAGACGCUCAAGACACCUCGUUUUGAGGAUUACGAGAUCAAAUACCUGGAUGAAAAUAUGUGGUCGUAUCUUGGGGACGGACGGACUGCGUUGGAGCUGAAGAGGGAACAGGGUCAAGAUGUUGAUAUGGCGCCAUUCAUGCGAAUUCGGGAUGAGUCGUGGUCAUUAGAGUAA